AUGUGUAGAAGGUCUGUUUGGAUUCUACUCGAUGAGCAUUACAUUUGUACUUUUCUUCAUCCUCGUCUUAAACGCUUUGAUACAGAACCACACGAGAAAGAUUUUGCGUUUGAUUUAGUUAAACGAGAAUUAUUAGCACGUACAUCAAUAUCACGUAUUACAACGGAUACUGCUUCAAAAGCGAUGACUAUGAAUGUAUCAAUUAUAAAUAAUUCAACAGCACCAGUUAAUCCGAACAACCUAUUAACUUGUUGUUUUGAUAAACCACGAGCAAUAGUCAGUUCAGUUACGACACCAGUGAAGGAAUUAAAUGGCUACAUGGAAUUGAUUGUACCGGAUGAAGAAAGUGACGAUAUCCUUUUAUUUUGA